CGCAAAUCCGUUGCCAGUCAAGCGUCCGUGGAGCCGCCUGAAGAGAAAGAGAAGUACGAGAUAUCUCCAUAGAAAAUAACCGAAAAUAACAGAAGCUUUGCGUUGCUAUUGGAUCGUUGCGCUGCUCCCCUUUCCAGCCCGCUGAAUCCGAUUGGAGGGCUGGGAGUUGGGAUCCCGCCCCCGCAGAGCCUCCCUGCAGCUGGCCCAGCUCGUUACCGCUGCAACCGCCACUUCUGCCGCCACUACCCGACACUCACCCCCAUCCACCUCCUCUCGCCCCCCCCCAUCAACCUUCUCAAAGCAGCAGCUACCGUCAAUAACAUGUCCCGUCCCCUAUAUAACCCCUUGGGGGAUCAGUACUCUUCACAGGCCAAGAGAACUGCCGCCCAGAUGGGACAGUACGGACUCACACAAUCCCGCCUUGGUCUGGGGUCUGGUGGUGGUGGUGGUGGUUCCUCCGGCCAGGGAGGCAUGAUGUCCUCGAUGGUGUCCCAGCAGAUGGGGUAUGACCCGGGGCAGAGAUCGACCGGGAUGACCCCGGAGUUGGAGAGCUCCAUAGACCACCACAUCCGCGGGGCCAGAGAGGAGGUGAGGCUACUCAGCCAGUUGAUGCAGCAGAAUAAGAACCCGCAGGUCUCCCUGGACGCCCAAGACCUUCGCCUAAGUCACGACCCCAUGGACGAGCUCUCGUCUGGGGGAGGGCUGGGCGGUUACACCCCUGGCCGGACCUCCAGAGACCAGCAAGGUUCCAUGGACUCCUGGUCUGGCUACCUGACCCAGUCUGCUUCCUCCAAACUCUUCUCCUCCGCCCGUCCUCAGUACCAAAGCCAAACCUCUGGGUUUGGAGGUGCGGGAGUGCUGGGGUCCACCUCAAGGGGUUCCGAGACUCCCAUGAGCGCAUCGUCUGCAGCCUGUCAUUCAGCCCGGUACACGUCCAAGUCCGCCAGCAGCAUCCUGGCGAGUUUCGGCUUGUCCAACGAAGACCUGGAGCUCCUCAGCCACUACCCAGACGAUCAACUGACACCAGACAACCUGCCCUUCAUCCUCAGAGACAUCCGCAUCCGUAAGGCCAAUAGAACUAUGGAUGUGGACCGUCGGCUCAAGGUAGGCGGUGGACCUGGCCCAGGGUCCGACCGCGGUGGUGGACGACUGAGCAAAGUGAUCGAUUACGAACAUUCUAGUGCUACUAACUACGACAGUUAUGACGACGGCGAUAAUAGCCAACCCGAUAAUUACGGCGCGCGCAAUCCGCUCACGAAGGAGACGUCAAAAUAUGACAUGGUCAGAGACUCGAUGGUUCCUCCUCCCACGACACCCCCCAUGUGGCCUUCCUUAUUCCCCAUCAUGAACCCGUCGAUCCCUCCUCCUGGUCAUGUUCCGGGGACUGUUCCUCCGCACCGGAUUGGUCCGAUGCCUUCCUUGCUCCAGCAGAGGAACCUACCUCCCCCGAUGAUGAUGAUGAUGCCGAAGAGGUUACCGACCCCGACCAUGAUGAGUGAUUACUCCGCUGCUUCUCCCAGAAUCUUUCCUCAUACCUGUUCUCUCUGUAACAUAGAAUGUUCCCAUCUAAAGGACUGGAUCGAGCAUCAAAACUCCGGCCUCCACGUUGAGAACUGCCGUCUACUCAGGAAAUCGUAUCCCGACUGGAAAGGGGAAACUGUCGAUAUAUCAAGCCCUUCUAGUAGAAAUGAAAGCAGCCUGUUGUCCUCCAAGCGCCGCCGGACAACACUCUCCGCCUCCCGUUCUCCGUCCUGGUCUCGCUCUCCUUCUCCCCGCCGCUCCUCUUACCACACCCCUUCCUCCUCUACUCGCCGAACUCGAUCCAGGGAACGAUCCCGCGAACGAUUCCGCGAACGUCGACGCAACACCACCACACGGCGUUCCCGCUCCCGGUCUCCGGGUUCACUUCGGGGCAGGGAGAGAGAACGUGACCCUCCGGCCUCGUCGUCUUCCCACCGGGAUCAGGAACGUCGACCUCAGACAGCCUCUUCAUCCCGGAGGUCGCGCUCUAGGAGCCAUGAGCGGGAGAGAACGAGGAGGAGCAGCCUGCCGAAGUCUAACAGUGCUGAGAGACUGGCCAAGAAACUACUGGAGUCAUCUGCUGGCCUCUCCCUGACUGAGAACACCAGUCUAGAAGUUAUGAUGCAGUCCCUCGCCCCCGCGCUCCUGGCAGAGCUCGCCAAGAAGAAGGGAGCCGCCGGCUCCUCUUCCUCCUCGAAGGGAGGUGCCUCUCGGAAAACUGAAACGGAAAUGUCCAAGUCGGGAAGCAAGCUAGGAUCUGGAAGGUCGUCAACCAGGAAAUCCUCCUCUCCCUCCAAAUUGUCCAGCUCCACUUCUUCCAAGGGUCUGAUCUGCUACGUUCACUGCCUCAAGCCAUAG